AUGGAUUUCGAGGAUAUCAGGUCCUUUUUUUUGCUUCAAGUUGUUAAUUUUUUGUAUUACUUUUUAAAAUGGUGUGGCCGAUUCAAAUCUAACUUGUUCCAUUGAAAAAUUCUUGAAAAUCGGAAAAAAAAAAUAAAUGAGGUUAGUAGAGCCCUAUUGCAAGCUUUUUGGUCCAUUUCAAAAAUAAUGAUUUUUUUCCCCUUUUCUUUUCGUAAUCAUUUGAAGUCACUUCACCAUCGACCUUCUCAAAAAUUACGCACAAUUGUGGUACGACGCAUUUUGGCAUAUUGCCAUGCGCCUUUAAACCUGGAAAAGUUUCUACGGUCAUUUUCUUUUUACAAACCAUUUUUAGCUGUUUUUAUGGAUUCUAUAGAGAAAUUAGCUGAGAAAAACGUCGUAAAAUACUGAGAACUUAGUCAAUUUUUUUACUUUGAAACGCGGGAAAGUUUUUUUUUCCUUUCAAAAAGUUUUUUUUAUUUUUUGAACCACAUUUUUGUCAAUUUUUUCUUUUCUUGCAAUAAAAAAAUUUAAGGCUCAAUACCAUCGAAGAUCUGACAAGAACGGAGCUCACCGAUGUAUUCAACGAAGAGUUCUAUGCCCUCACUUGGGAUCGGAAGGUUUUUUUGAAUAUUUAUUCAUUUUUUUCCUCAUAAAAUUUGAUUGUUAGAGUCGUUCUAUCAGUUCUCUUCAUUCGGACCCUGGAGAGCUCACUUCGACGGGCAAUCGUCAUGCUAAACUCGAGUUCCGGACCAAGUCUUUGAGGUUUGAUAAUUUAAAUUAUAUUUUUUUAGAUCUUCCUUGUCGUCAGAUUUUAUUUUCUUAUAAAAAAACGGGAAACCGAUUCGAGAUUCGAGUGGCGGAAUGGCUAAUAAACACUCGAAAUGAAAUGAAAGUUAAAUGAUUUCUGGAGGGGAAAUUUUGAUCGAUUUUUGAAAUAAUCAACUUUAAAAUAAUAAUUAAUUUUAUCAAUAUUGUAAUGAACUAGAAGUUUGAAUCUGAAAAGUUUUUUUUUGCUAAAUAGUUAUCAUCAUAAGUUCACUUUUUCUUGUUUCUAUUAAGCGUUUGAAAAGUUCACAGACGGGGAAUUUUUCUUGGAUUUUUCUGGGAAGUAAAAAAAAAAAUUUUUAGCGAUGAUCCAGUUCCAAUCGAUCAGCGAGAAGAUGCGAUGAGACGACUAUUGCAAGCCAUUUACAAGUCUCCUCCGAGUUCUUUAAGGUUCUUGAUUUCACUAUCUGUAUGAAUUAGGUAAAAGGAACUUCCAGAGAUCUGUCGGACACCCUCACCGACACCUCUUUGCCUUCAGACGCAAGCGAGCCCAAACCACGCAUUUUCACUCGGGAAAUGCUACGGAGAAUGGGUUUGGAAUUGUUUAUAGCCCAUCCUGAGGUAGCUUGUCACGAUUUUUGUAUUCUUCCGAGCAGGACCCUUUUUUUCGAUGGGCCCGUCUCUGUGCAUGCGCCUUUAAUCAAACCGGUAUUUCGAGACUGAUUUAAAGGAGCAUGCUCUGAGACAGGCAGUGCGUUCCGAAGAGAAAUUUUCUGUAGCUUGGAAAAGAAAAAAAAAGUGAAAACCUAGCGCGGUUUGUCCUUGAUAGCAUUCAAAGAAAAAAAAAUUUUCGACAAUUAAUUAUAUUCAAAUAUUUAUCAAACUGACAAGAUUUCGAACAUUUCAGAAACUAUUGUCCUAAAAUUCCAAAUUCUAAAAUUAAAAAAAAAACAAUUGCGAGUAUGCGAUAGUGCGUCUCGGUGUUUACACCCUAAGCAUCAUAAUUGACGAGUAGUCUUAAUCUUGCGUAAUAAAAAAAAAACGCCGUGAUUUUAGACAUAGUUUUUAGUUAUCGAUUUCGUAUAAUCUUCUCUUACCCUUUUUUUAUUCUUCAAUUUGACUCUUUGUGUGAUAAAUGACACUUUUUGAUUAAUUUAUCGAUGAAUGAAAUUCUAAAAACUGCUCUUGAAGCGAAGUUUUUCAUGGUUUUGUGGUCACUGACUUUAUAUUUAUAGCCUACUUGGAAUAUAUCCUGUAAAAUGAUACUUUUUUUUAGACGUGACACUGCUAAGAGAAGAAGCAGAAUCUCUCCGAGUGGAGAUCGAAUGGACCAAUCGGCGACUUUUGCGAGUCUUAAGGCAGAGGUCCUACUUAAGGGCCAAAAACGAUGCAAAGUGUGCUUUUGUGACGGCUGUCCUGCAGGCCUGCUCGCCCAAAAGAAGUUGGUUUUUUUUCUUCAAAAUGGAAGUUUCAUAGUUACUAAAUAAGCCCUAUAACUUACAAAAAACUUAAUUUCGCUCGAAGAAAUUAGGAAAAAAAUCGAGUUUAGGUUUGAAACUUGGACUCACCGAAAGAUAAUUCUGAAGAAAUAAAAAGAUUAAAUUCAGUACUGAAUCAUCUGAAAAUCUGACUAAAAAAUGUUCAUUUUAAAAAAUUACCUCAUCAAUUCCGGCUUUUUGUUCCGUAGAAAAUAUCUCGAAUGAAUCUUUUUUUGAUUUGAAGGCAAUUUUUUACGAAUUAUCGAGUUUUUUUCGAAAUUUUGUUUUUUUAUUCACAGAAAGUGAAUCAGAAAAAUCAGAAGAAGUAUUUUUAAGUUUUUCAAAAUUGAAGAUUUUUCUGAAGAUUUAGAAGAUUAAGAAAGUUAGAAAAGUUUUUGAUCAUGAACUUGUGCAAGGUGAGAAGUUGAAGGAUCCCAAAUCUCUAAUAUUUUUAAAAAAAUUAGGCGGUUUUUGAGCUUUUUUUCGAAUUUAUCGCGCGAAAUUAGAACUCAAUGAUUUAGAAACUAAAUUUGAGUAGUAUAAAAUAUCAUGGAAAGCAUUUUUUGCAAAAACGUGCAGUAAAAUGAAAAGGAAGUUACCUGGGCCCGAAAAAAGGUAGACAAACCCCAGGGCAAAACUCCGAAAUCGAUAAGAAACGGCUUCACGGCUCAAGUAGGCCACGUGAAUUUAUUUGCGCAUUCCUUUUUUUUUGUUCUUUUUUUUGAGUUGUUAUUCUAGCCGAGCAUACGGCUCCUUUUACAUCGGCCUCCCCAACUUUUUUUUUGCUGGAUUCAUAUACGUUUCAAGCUUGUUUUAUAGUUUUCGAAAGUUCCAACCUUUUUGGUUCAUCUUUUUUUAAUUUCUACUUCAAAAAAAAAAAGAUUUAGGUUCAUUAUUCUAUCGAUUAUGUGAAAUGGAGUUUCGAUUAUUUUUUUUCUUUUGCCAAUUUUCCGAGGGAUUUGCAUUUGAACUUGGAGGGUUUCCGUUGUGGCUCAGAGAUUCCAGAAUGGUCUCUAUAGGAGUCAGGAAAAAAGUCCUUUCAGGGGCCGGAAAAGUGGCCCCUAUAGAGGUAAAAUCUUUUUUUUUUUCCCUAUGGGGGUUUAGGGUUUGACCACUUAGCCCCUAGAGCUUAAGUGGUCCCUAUAGGGACUUUCAUUUUCGUUUGUUUAUUUGUUUUUUCGCAUGGUAAUGCUUCUUCGCUUAGAUUUCAUAACCUUUCCCCUAGGGACCGCUUAUGCAAGCUUAUGUGAUCCCUAUAGGGGUUGGUAAAAUGGUCCCUAGAUAAGCCUCUUCAAGGAUCCCUAAUGUUGCCCUAUAGAGACCUCUUUGGAGAUCCUAAGGGCUUUAGCGUUGAUUUUCAGCUAGUUUUCUUAUUGGGACAAAUUUUGACCAGCGAUCAUGCGCCUUUAAGAUAAUAUAGUCACAGCUCGAAGCCAAUAGAUUUGACCUCCAGAAUCCGAAAUUCAAGCUUAAAAAUGAUUAAAUUAAAUUUAGGCGUCGAUGCGAAAAUGAAAUUCGGGAUGGAGCCUCUGGGAGUCGAAAACGGCAUCGAAGAAUGGAAAGCGGCGAUGAGAGCGGUGGCCCGGCUGCCCUCUGGAGUCCCGCAGUACUUCCGCACCAAGGUUGGCAUCACGCCAAUCUUCCUGGUUACUGUAGAAAUGAUUUAGCUAUGGACAACUUUGGCUGAGCAGCACAUGAACGUCGCUGGACUCGAUUGGAACGAAAUUCGGACCUCGGCUCUGAGUGACCAACUUCUACCGGAUGACUGUCAUAUCCACUCGCAGAUCAUCAAAGUAUGAUCUUGUUUCGUUUCUCUGCGCUCUCUUCUCUCUCAUUAUUUGAGUGAAUGAAAAAGAAAGAGUGAUGGAGAGAGUGCAGGCUGGCUAGAAUUUUCGAAAGGAAGUACCAUUUUUGAGGAUCUCCAUCGGACCGGCUGGCCAGGAUUCCAGGACGAUGUGAAGUUGAAGCAGAUCCUUCUGGCUUUCGCGAGGUGAUAAUUUAAAAAAAAAAAAAGAGAAAAUCGGUCUGUGUUCUUUUUUGAAGACUCUAAAUUUACUCGAUACUUUUUGAUUAGGACAAUACAAAUGAAAUCAAAAAAAAAAAUUCUGUGCUUCAAUAACGUUUCGACAAUUUUCACCAAACUACAGUGAAAAAAAAAACCACAAAACCGACUUUUUUUUUCCCCUGAAACUUGAAUUUCGCCCUACAAGUCAUGUGAAAUUAUUAUCAUGGAAGUAUUUUUUUCCGAAUAAAGUUACCAGGGAAUCCUUCGAAACCCGAAUGAGGAAAAGACCAAGAAUUUUAUCGAAAUACUAUUACCAUAUCCGAAAAGUUCGCUAUUCUGAGAAAAAUUAAGCUAAAAAAUCGGGUGAAUGUCAGUAGCUUUAUUCUAACACUGUUCGUUUCUUGAGAAGCUCCUGAUUUCGUACAAAUUUUAGAAAAAAUCUUGAAGUGAAGAGACGUUUUCCGUAAUACUUUCGACGAGAAUUGAGCGCCUUCAAAACUGUAGGAAGGAUUUUUGAACAGAAUUUGAAUGAAAAACUUGACUUUUUCCUGUCCAGGUACAAUAAAGACGUCGGCUAUUGUCAAGGCUUCAAUAUCAUCGCCGCUCUUAUCCUGCAAGUUGUGGAUUUCAACGUCGAAAAUGGGCUCAAGGUAGAAAAAUCGCGUUGGAAACAAAAAUGGACUCAGAGAAGAGUUAAGCGUCGCGGCUUGCUAAGCGGUCAAAUGCGAAGCGACGGAUCAGUUGCAUAAAAAAAUUGUAUCGUCAAAAAUUAUGUGGCGGAAAAAGUGGCGAUCAGACAAUUUUGAAAGCCUCCCAUCACGUCCGUUGAAAUCUGCCCAAAAUUAGAGCCCAUACCUCCCUGAAUUGAGAGCUCAUUUUAUCUGUUGUCAACAACUUCUUGAGGUUAACAUUGAACUUUUUGAGUUAAAUUUAAAUUUUUCGAUUUAUUGAAACUCAACCAUUUCUCCCGGACUUGAUGCGCUUUGAACUUGCUCAAGUAUGCCUGGAAGCUCAAGAAAGCCGUUUUUAUAGGUGAUGAUCUUCCUGGUGGAUCAGGUCUUGCCUCGUGGCUACUUUGACCAGUCCCUUCGAGCCCUUUCCGUCGACAUGGCCGUCCUCCGAGAACUGAUGCAACAACGGCUCCCCAACACUGUUCAGCAUCUGGAGAAGAUCCAGUCUUCUUCUGGUUGGUUUCUAGGGAAAAAGAGUUACGCAGAAGAGUUUUGAAUGAGGUCAGGUACGACAGGGGCUGAUCUUUUCUUCGUAGUCGUGACUAGUAAAUAACUACUUUUUCUAGCGGAUUGUAAUAUUUUUCACGCUAUUCUGUCUUUGGAACUUAUUCAGAAGGUCUGUAGAAGAAAAAAAAGUUAUGCACAUAGGUUUCCAAAAAAAAAGUUGUUUGCCACAACUUCAGAAAAUUUCCAUAAUUUUUUCGUGAAAAAUAAACGAUUUUAGAAAGAAAAUGGCUAUUGAAAUUGUUUGGAAAGGUUUUACUCAUAAAAUGUUAAUAUUCUCAUCAGAAUUCUUAAUAAAAAUUAUGGCAAAAAAAUUUGCGGCCAAAGGUUGCGAACCUUCAUCAUAGGCCCCGCAGGUUAGCACGCUAGCCACUGCACCACGCUCUUAGCUGCCAUGAAGGGGUUGGUGGCGCGGCCAGAUUCCUUCCAAACGGCGUCACAUGGUUAAGGAUAAAAACUUUGAAAAAUCAUAUGUCCAAAAUUAGAAGUUUGCGCAGAUAGCGAUUAUGGCGAUCGGUUCCCAGUUCAUCAAAGAUUGUUUGAGCAAAUUUAUAAAAAAAAUUCUGAACCCUACGCUAAAAUGACCUCCCAUGUGAGUGGAAUUUCGAAAUUUACCUUUCUUUUAUGUAAAAAAAAAAUAAUAAAGAGGCUCAAAGUGAAAUACACUCGACUUUUAGGCGACUACGAACCUCCGCUGACCAACGUCUUCACGAUGCAUUGGUUCCUCACUUUGUUCGCGACUUGUGUCCCGCGGGAGUGUGUCUUCAGGAUCUGGGACGCCGUGAUGCUCGACGGCUCCGAGGUUCUUCUCAGGACGGCGGUGGCGCUUUGGGCGAGGCUCAGUAGGUCAGUAGACCUUUGACUGUUUUCAUAAAGUACAUCUUCUUUGUAGAAGGAUCACCAAAACAAAGAGCGCCGACGAGUUUUAUAGUCUGAUGGAGCGGAUGUCGAAGCAGCUCACCGAGAUGAACAACGACGAGCAGGACAACUUGAUCACGGUAGCUUUUGGAAAUGAAUCGAAAUUUCAAGUUGUUCAGGUGAUAUACUCAAUGUCCCCCUUCCCGUAUCCUGGCCUCGCGGAGACCCGCGAAAAGUACACGUGGAACAUCCAGCCGCACUCUACAACCUUCCAGCUUUUCCAGAAAAGCGUCACCAACAUUCUGCACGACGAUGGCGAGGAUUCUGGUGGGUCUUCUUCUUUCUUGAAAAAAAAAGCGAUUCCAAGUUGAGAAUUAGAGGUCAGGCAUCAACUGAAAUUACUUACAAUCUGUUCUUCUUUGUGCGCAUGGAAAAAGUGAUAUAAAGUUCAGGCUCUCGCCAAGCCAAGAAAAGCGACCUUCAAGUGCUCCAGAAGCAGUACCGACUUUUGAGAAAGCGUCAGCAACAAGCCGCCGUCAUUUUGAGAAGUAUUCACUUUUUUUACGAAAUGAUAAUUCCGGAAAUCUACUUAUGCGUCACUGUAACUAAACUGGAUAUAAAAGAUUUCAUUUCUAAGAAAAAAAUAUAAGAAUAUAAUCAAAAAUUACCAUCACAAAAGAGUUUUUGAAGUUUUAAUUUUUGAUCGCAGAUUACUGUAUCUGUAAGUCCGCAAUCUGCCGUUGUGUGUUAGCACUAUUUUUCGCAUUCCCAUUUUUUUAAAUUUCGUUUUUUUAGAUUUUUUUAUUUCGUUUUGACAAAUUUAAAAAGUACAAACGUUUCUCAAAUAUUGAUAUUAUGCUUUUUAAAAAAAUGGCGGACGUUAAACAAUCUACAACUUUAUCGUUUAUAUUUUCUUCGUUGUCAUUAAUUUUUUGUUUUUUAAACAUUUUUUUAGUUAGCGUUUUCACAUGGAAAAUUUUAAAGCUAUUGUUUCCUUUUUAAAUUUUUUUCUACUCGUUGUUAAAAAGUUUUUUUGUUCUAAAUUCAAGCCAAAACCACAAAUUUGAGUGAAACAAUCUCAUUUUUGCUUGAUCUCUAUCGAAUUUCAAACUUUCUGCUAUACAGUUCAAAUUUUUUAAAUGAUGGAUUUUUUUGUAAGUUUCACGAAUAUUUUGGUUGAAGGCGCCUACACACAUGGCCAGACGUCGGCGAGCCGAGCUGCUCAACGUGUACUUCCGGAAAAACUCCUGACUUCUCAGCCCGCUUUCAACCAUCUCCAAAUCGGUCGUGCCAUUGCCGAUCAUGGGUUUCUUUCAAGUUUUUCGAAAUGAUCAAUGAAGAUUUCAUUUUGAAGAUUGGAGGCGCCGACGUGCUUCACCGGAGGGGCGCUGGCUCUGUCGCCGGUAGCUGUUCAGCCGAGCGAUUCUUCGCUUCUGGCGUCCUUGCCGAGCAGUUCUGAUGCUUUUGGGAGGUUGGAACUACUCUAAACUCUUCAUGUAGCUAAUUCACGGCUGUCCUAAAUAAUCGAAAAAGGGUCCUGGCACGAAAAAAGGGAUAUCACCUUGUUGGUAGAGAGCGCAGACAGGCCAUGCCCCUUAGCUCGAGUUAGCCGUGAUUCGGCUAGUGUAUUCACUGCUAAGUAGAAGAAGAGUAAAAUUUCGAAAAAGGUGCGAAUAAGGUGAUGGAACACCGAUACACGGGGCCUUACGAGUUUUUUCUCAAAGUAAUAAAAAUAUUAUUUUUCAAGAAAACGCGUAUUUAAUAUUUACAUUACUUGUGUCAGGAGGGAUGUAUUUGAGGGUAGACUGACCAGUGAAUUUUCUCAAGGCUUGAGGGGGUCGCUGAGCGGGAAAAGGUAGAUUGACAGGUACCUGAAAAUUUAAAAAAAAAGUUUAAAAAAGGCAGAUUUAGUAAAGUGUAAAAUUUUUACUUUUAUGACGAAAAGUGUCCUUUUUUCACGGAUAGAAAACACAGAAUCGACCAGGAACGACGUAGAGAGCCAUUGAAUGAGGAGGACGAUCAAACGGUUGGACAUAGACGACGUCCGUCCUUUGAGGUUUUUUUUGUUAUUUUUCUCAAAUAGUCUAGCUUCUAAUUUGUGAAAAUAUGUCAUUAUAUAGUUGAGAACCAGUAGAUUUUUAGUAAUAAAUUUUUAUUUUCAGCCGAUUUAUGUAUAACCUUUCUGCCUCAAGGUCCAAGAAGCCGCUGUAAUAAUUUGUUCUCGAGAAAAAUUUUGAAGAGCCAUUUUAGAGUGAAGUGUCAACCAUAGGAUUUCUUUGCGGUCGCAAAGUGGCUUUUGGCGCGAAAAAAUAAAUUCAAGCAGGAGCCAUUGUGAUCAUGAUUUUUCCUAGCAUUUUGAUGAAUAGUAGUAUAAGAGUUGGCUUUUCCACGUUCGCUUCUGAAUUUUCGUUUCCAUACAAAAACCACAAAUUAGAAAAAAAAAAUUGGAUUUAUAAAUAAGCUUUUCAGCCGAAUCCACUGGACAAAGCCACCUACGAACGGCUGGUGCUCAUGAAAAAGUCGCGAGCUCUGUUGGAAACGAUAAGACCCCGAAAUCAAAGCCACAGUCCCGUUUUACCGACUUCUCCUCGAAAAUAG